AUGCAUAUCUUUGUUUCAACCGCGAUCCUUUCCCUCUCUGUCGGGCUGGCCGUCGCCCAAACCCAGGUCACCGUCAACGUCGGUUCCACCCUCCAAGAAAUUGACGGAUUUGGUGUCUCGCAAGCCUUCGGCCGUGCAAAGGAGUUCUUCGAAGCCAAUGCCGAACCUCGCCAGAGAGGUCUCGAUUACCUCUUCAAUACGGAGACUGGCGCCGGAUUGACCAUCAUUCGCAAUCGCAUUGGCUCUACGACCACGGACAGCAUCCUGCCUCGAAGUCCAGGCUCGCCGAACGGCACACCAAGCUAUGUGUGGGACAACGACGACUCCGGUCAGAUCUGGUUCAGUCAGCAGGCGAAGAGAUAUGGCGUCACGACAAUAUACGCCGAUGCGUGGAGUGCGCCUGGGUUCAUGAAGACGAACGGUAACGAAGCGAAUGGAGGUUACCUGUGUGGCGUUACAGGGCGUAGCUGCUCGUCCGGGGAUUGGAGACAGGCGUUUGCCAAUAUGUUGGUACAGUACGUCAAGUACUACGCCGAUGCUGGCGUUCCCGUCACUCACCUGGGUUUCUUGAACGAACCUGACUUCGUAGCUACCUACUCGUCUAUGCAAUCCGACGGCAACCAAGCCGCGUCCUUCAUUCCUACCCUCUACAACACACUGCAAUCGGCCGGUAUCACCAACAUCUCCCUCACGUGCUGCGACGCGAUUGGCUGGCCAGGCCAACGCACCAUGACUAGCCAGCUCGUGUCCGCCGGAGUGGAACGAUACCUUUCGGUCAUCACCUCUCACGCAUAUACUGGUGAUCCCAACUCCCCUAUGAGCACCAGGCUCAAGACAUGGCAGACAGAGGCAUGCGACCUCAAUUCGCGCUGGUGCGCGACGUGGUAUAGCAAUGGAGGUCCGUGCGAGGGUCUUACCUGGGCGAACAAGAUCCAUACAGGUAUCGUCAACGCCAACCUUUCAGCUUACCUCUACUGGCAGGGCUUCGAGGUCAACCAGUUCCAGGCCUCGUCCUACCUCGUUGCUAGCGAUAACACAGACGUGAUUCCAUCCGGCCGUCUCUGGGCGUUCGCAAUGUGGUCGCGUUUUAUUCGCCCUGGCGCCCGCCGUGUGUCGACGACUGGUUCAGUCAGCGGAGUAGGUCUUAGUGCUUUUAAGAACAAGGAUGACUCAGUCAUCACCGUCUUCACAAACACUGGCGGCGGAGCGCAGAGCGUUAGGAUCGCAUUCUCCAACUUUACUCCGACCUCAGUGCUGGCGUAUGUUACGGAUAACACCCGCUCCGUAGCCCAGCUUACCGCUACGCUCUCUGGAGGUGUAGUCACCGUUUCUAUUCCAGCUCGCGCCGUCGUCACCGUCCAGCUUAACAAAGUUACUUCUUCCCCUCCCCCUCUUCCACCUUCAGAGACAACUCCGACCACACCGACAGAGCAGCCAACUACGUCGAAUCCAGCAACUACAUCCAACCCACCAGUGUCGACACCAGCACCUACUUCUUGCUUGGUAGCUCAAUAUGGCCAGUGCGGUGGUCAGGGAUGGACGGGAUGUACAGUCUGCGCGUCAGGAACUACUUGUAACUCCUUAAACUCGUGGUAUUCACAGUGUCUGUGA